AUGGACGAAUACUUGGAAUGCAAAACUCCUACCAAAAAGGUUGAUGGAGAUGUUCAGAUUGUGAGCUUCACUUGCGAAGGUCCAGAGUAUUGGGAAGAACUUGUGAAGUAUAAUCCCAUUCUGACCGAAACUCCCAUUAGGAACCCAGCAACCCAAAAGCAUGAGAGAAACAACAAGAUCCUCAACAUUUAUAAGAAGCUGAACCCUGAUUUUGCACAUGAGAUUAAAGGAGAUCACCUAGUGGACGACGAAGGUAAAUACAACAUCUAUAACAGGUGGAAUGGCCACACCAAUACUGGCACCAUUGCCCAUCUCAUCCAAAUCAACAACAGCCUUAGUGCCGAGAUUGACAUCGCUGCUCAAGCCACUGUCACAAGGACCGACUUGGUGUACGGUGAACCUAUUACCAACAUGCUUACCCUUUGCGGAGAUGGAUCUGCCUAUGGUAAUCCGAGUAGGAAUUCUGACCCGACUAUUGGUGCCGCAGUCAACGAAGUCUGUCGUCUGGCUCGUGAUACAGAGUGUCCCCUCCCGGUCACAAUCUCUGUCAAAGAUCCUGUCGCUCUGUACAUGUACGACGCAGACUUCUCGUCCUUCCUGUUAGAUCGCACCGGUAAGCGAAGAGGAAACGUUCGAGAAAUGGUCCCGGUUCCCGAAGGGGUCUUUGACUGGUGUGACCGUGGUGAUAUUACCAAGAACAUGGGCCUUCAUCUUGGCGUGUCUAUUCCAAAAGGUCUCAAGACUGAUGACAAUACCCGCGACCUUAAUCUGAGCGAUCUUUUCGACCAAAACAACGGAGGUCGCUACGUGCAUUAUGGAAGCCAGUUUGCCGAUUACAUCUUCAUGAGCGUUUCUGGCGUUGUUGGCCCGAAGCCAGAGCCUCAGAAGGAUGGAGAAGCGUGGCCUGGAAAACCUCAGCCUGCACUUACCUACACUGAGCCGUACCUCCAGAAGCCGGUUAUUGAGCCCAGGGUUCUGGGGAGUCCUGUUCUCUUCAAGAUGAUGGGAUAG